AUGGAUUCCGAAGCCCAACCGGCAUCUAGUGACAGUAUCGAACAGCGGCAAGACCGCCAGCUAAAAAUCCAAGCACAACUACAUAUAAUGGCGCAACGAGUUGCCCUUGAAACUAGAGCAAGCCGGCCAAAGAACACUAAUAAAGCGCUGAGCCGCUAUACCAAGGCUCGUACGGAUAACCAGGGCAAGGAAGUGAUCCAGAAAAUCGGACAUGCCACCCUCCGGAGCUACGUUAGCAGCAUUACCGAUUACUGGAAUUGGCAGCGUUCUCUAGGCACGAAUUCCCAUCCUAAUCCAAGGGGCCAUCUAGUGAGCAGUCUUCUCAAAUCCCACAAAUCAAAGGAGGCCGAGCGGAAAAAGAAGUCGUACGAGGAUCGAGGUCUCCAUGCCUUGCAGGACAGCUAUACCCAAGAGGAUAUCCGGGCCUUUAUACGAUUCGGUUGGAUAGGAUGGAGAGAGCAGGAAACUAAAGGCCGGAAACCUCAAGCGCAGGAAUCCUAUCUUCGUACGGCUACAGAGUUCCUCUUUUGCCAUGCCAUGCUGCUUAGGGGAGAGGAUGUACGAGGCCUCCAGCUUGCUGAUAUGUUUACUAUUCAAAUGGAGGAAGGCCCAACUCCCUGUUGGCCACUGAUUCUUAUGAAAUCUCAAGGUAAAACCAACCAAUUUGGCAAUAUUGAGUAUAUGGGAGUUAUGCGGCAUAAAGAGCCUUUACUCUGUACGAUCAGCCAAGCAGCAUUCUAUCUCUUCUAUCGAUGGGAGUUCAUGAAUGAGCCUAUCCCCCAGUUCUAUCAAAGGCAGCAAUGGUACGCCUGGCAUUUCUUUAAAGGAGGAGAUAUUAGCAGAGCAAUCUCGUACGGCACUCAACUGGAAUGGAUUGAUAAGGUCUUUAAAGCCACCAAUCUAUCAUCUAAGAAGAAGACUCAUUCCGGACGAUCAGGGGGUGCUCGUCUUGCUGAAUUACAGGGAGUAGAUGAAAGCUCUAUCCGAAGAGCUGGCCAUUGGAAUCAAGAUAGCAUGUCAAACUGCUAUCUCUCUGGAUUACCUCGGCCAUUUCUUCGUACAAUAGCUGGAUUCAAUCCUCAGGAUCAUGGGAAUUACUAUAUUCCUAGAGCUACCAUCUCUCCACCAGAGAGCCUCGUACGAGCACUAUGGCCCUGGGUUGAUACAUGGCUUGCUUGGUUUAAUCUAUCUAAUUCAUCUAAUUUAUCUUAUGAUAAGAUAGAUAUUGGAUUAGCUUUACCCCCCUUGCCACCUUUAAUCCAAAAAGGGGUUGAAAAGGCUGAUCAAGAUGAUCUAGCAGCUCAAGGAUUUCUUCAACUCCUUGUACAGCUUCGUACGGUUAUUCUCCAAGACUCAGUCUUUCUCCAGAUAGAGAUUCCAGGCCAUGAAAUUUGGAAUCACCAACUCUUCCAACGGCCAGAUUAUAAGCAGUUUGCUCAACAGCUUCUUCAAUCUGUUCGUACGAGUGAUACACCGUACGAGGUGCAGCUCCGUCAGACUCUGCCAAUCCUAGCAGACCGGAUCUCCUCUGCAGAGAAUAAUCUAUACCAGAAUAUCAGCUUUAACUCCUAUCAACUACAGCAUUCUCUAUCUCAACUUCAUUGUAAAGUUGAUAAUCUUAUCUCUGGCCGAAUCUCUUUCACUGUACGAGCCAAUAGCCUUGAAUCAGAUACUACCGUACGAGCCAAUGGCCUUGAAUCAGAUACUGCCGUACGAGCCAAUGCCCUUGAAUUAGAUACUAGAGAUCUGGCUUUAACUAGUGAAUCUAUACAGUUAACCCCAUCUCUAGAGAUCCAAGCUGAAGAUCCCCUAGAGCUAUUCCAGCCACUGGAUAGAGCACUCUUCACAGAGAUGCCUUCAUAUCAACUUUCUCGUACAAUUCAGACUGUACGAGAGCUCUGGACGGAGUGGGCUAUAGGCCUAGAUGGCCAACCAGCAGUCCGAAUAAUCGAGGAGCAGUAUGGGGCUAGAUGGAGAGCUGAUUCUAAGGAACGUGUCAUGUUUGGAAGAAGAAAGAUUAUUAUUGAUGAGAUAUAUGCUCGUACGAGGGAUGGAAUCUCUUUAAAUAAGGCAAUUGAGGCUGUCGAGCUUAUACAAAGCAAGGCCCAUUGUACAUUAUCAGCUUUAUCAAAGCUUCUUAAAGAGAAGCAGCCUUUUUCUUCUUUGAUGGCCAGCCAAGCCAGGUAUGUAUAG